ACCUGUGGCCCUGUUUUUAUUAAAAAAAAAUCCCUCCUUUGCUUUGCUACUAUCUUUCUCUCUCUACAGUUGGGGUUGUUCUUUCUACUUCUCUCUUUAAAACAAUCCCUUCUUCCAAAGGGUACAUACCCAAAAAAGAUGGGAUUUUUACAAAUUUUUUUAGUAUAGUGGGUGGUGUUUAACUUAUUUAAGAUUUGAUAAUCAAACAAACAAAACUUUGCAAAAUUAAAAAAAUUUCAUAUUUUGUUUUGUUUUAUUUUGCUUGGAGGUUUGUAGAAGAAAGACAAUGUUCCAAGGAGCUAUGUCCAAUUCAACUUUGUCUGAAGAAGCUAAUAGUCUUUCUAGCUUUAACCCUUUGUUACUACAAAACACUACUAAUAUCAUCACUUCCCACCAACAACAACAACAACCUCCUCCUCCCAAAAAGGUCAAGAAAAAGAGAAGUCUUCCCGGAAAUCCAGACCCAGAUGCUGAGGUGAUUGCACUGUCACCAAAAACAUUACUAGCAACAAAUAGGUUUAUUUGUGAGAUCUGUAACAAAGGGUUUCAAAGAGAUCAGAAUCUUCAGCUUCAUAGAAGAGGGCAUAAUUUACCAUGGAAGCUUAAACAAAGGAGUAAAACAGAAGUUAUAAGAAAGAAAGCUUAUGUUUGUCCAGAACCUAGUUGUGUUCAUCAUCACCCUUCAAGGGCACUUGGAGAUCUUACUGGAAUUAAGAAACAUUUUUGCAGAAAACAUGGUGAAAAGAAAUAUAAGUGUGAAAAAUGCUCCAAAAUUUAUGCUGUUCAAUCUGAUUGGAAAGCUCACUCUAAAACUUGUGGCACUAGAGAGUAUAGAUGUGAUUGUGGCACCCUUUUCUCCAGGAAAGAUAGCUUCAUCACCCAUAGAGCAUUUUGUGAUGCACUAGCUGAAGAAAGUGCAAGACUUUCAACCAACCCUUUUGCUAACCCCAUCCUCCCACCACCACAACCACCGCCUUUCUCCACCCAAAACCCUAAUUCGUCUCUCUUCCCUUUCAUCACCUCGUCGUCUAUGUCCCACUCCUCAUCCCCAUGGGACCCGAACCCUCAAAACCCUAACCCUAACCCUCUCAUCCACAUCAAAACCGAAAACCCCCACUUCUCAACACCACCACCUUUCUUCCAACCACCCUCAAUCUUCACCAACCAAUCCAAGAGUCUACUAACCUCCCUUCCCUUCACAUCCUCGGACACAUCCGCCAUGUCAUCGGCUCACUUCCUCUCCGCCACGGCCCUCCUCCAGAAGGCCACCACGGUAGGGGCAGUAGGAAACAACACCAUGUCAGCAAUGAUGAACGGUUUUGAUGAGCUAGGAGCAAUGUCCCGCCACAUGGGACCCCCAACCACCGAUGAGAUGUCAUCCGUAUUGCCACCACAUUCAUCCUCGUCGACAAACACGAAUUCGACUAAUGCAGCAACCACAACCCCUACUGAUCACCCAAACAAUGCUGAUCACUUCACAGCCAUGCUUAACACGUGGCGGAAGAACAACGAUGGUAUGACGAGGGACUUCCUAGGACUAACCGCGGGGGAUUACAACACCAAUGCUGGUGGAGGAGGAGGAUUCAAUGGCGACGAGGUGGUGGGGAAUAUGCUAAAGUUCACAGGUGGUUUACAGUACGGAAUGACAGCUCCAUAUGAUCGUGACAACUCAUCAUCAUCAGUAUUGUUAAAGCAUGAUCAGCAGCCUCUUGAUAUUCACCAACAACAUCAUCAUCAUCAGCAAGUUGACGGGUUCGGUUUCGUAUCGGGGGCUGAGCCUCCUACAACCGCUGCUGCUGCCGCUGCGCCGGGAUCAAGGUGGGGGUGAAUUUAGCUAGCUAGGCAAUGGCAUCAUGAAAUUUUUUUGUCACUCGUUAUGAAAUUACUUCUUUACCCCUCACAACAUGCAAAGUUAGUACGGGUAAGUGUUAUUUUAAUUUUUGAAUUUAAGUUACUUUUAGAGGUUCCUUUUCAAGGGAGUAAUUAGAGGUGAGGAGCUGAGGAUCAUGCAAUUGUACGUUGUAGUAAUUUUAUUUAAGUUAAAUAGCAUGCUAUAUCAUCAAAAUGUUGUAAUAUUUUUGAACAAGUGUUAUUAUAUAGCUAGUUUCACAAGAACCGUCGAGAUCUUGUGUAUCUUGUAAUUAAACAUCUCCAAUCACUUAGGACCAAUA